AUGAUGAGCGGUCUCAGAAAAGACGGUAGGUUGACGGAUGGCCACCCAGCCAAUCUUGUUUUUGUCCUGCAGAACUCAUCGCUGUUUACAUCGACAUCGAUGGUGAUAAGCGCAAAAUGGUCGAAGACAUUGCGGACACAGUGCUGAGAAAAGUGCUGGAGGAAGAAGAGAAUUCCGUAAGUUCCGCUCGCCCACUCUCUUCAUAAUUUAUUUCUCUCACAGACGCCGAUCGAAUCUCGCGCUCCCAGCACUACUUCGAGCACUUCUUCGCCUCUUUCCAUCAGCCAACUGCUCAGUUCCUCGUUCUCUCAGCCACCAGCCAACAUUCCCGCUCCGGUGGCGCUGAACCCGUUCCAGCUGGCACUCUGCCAGACACUUGUUGCAAACAACACUCUCCCUUUUUCGCUUUUCGGCGGUCCCUCGCCAAUGUUCCCGCUGUUUGUUCCACCACCACAACCGCCUGUCGAGUCUGUCGAAUUGCUAAAAAUCUUCCAAAACAUUCUGGCAAAGCAGAAAAAGUAA